GCGAGAGCGAGAGAGAGAGAGAGAGAGAGCAGCCAUGAAGUACAACCCGCGCGUCUCCAGCUCUCGCCGCAAGAACCGCAAGGCGCACUUCACAGCGCCGUCUAGCGUGCGCCGCGUGCUUAUGAGCGCACCGCUCUCUGGCGACCUCCGGACCAAGUACAACGUCCGGUCGAUGCCGGUGCGCAAGGAUGACGAAGUUCAGGUGGUACGUGGGACCUACAAGGGCCGUGAAGGUAAGGUCGUUCAGGUCUACCGUCGCAAGUGGGUCAUCCACAUCGAGCGCAUCACUCGUGAGAAGGUGAAUGGCACCACCGUCAACGUCGGCAUCAACCCCUCAAAGGUGGUGAUAACCAAGCUCAGGCUCGACAAGGAUCGCAAGUCUCUGCUGGAUCGCAAGGCUAAGGGACGUGGCGCUGCUGAUAAGGAUAAGGGGACUAAGUUCACUGCUGAGGACAUCAUGCAGAACGUCGAUUGAUUGAUACAUUCAUCCAUCCGUCGGUUUAAUGGUAUAUCAUUGUUGCUUUGAAUUUGGUUUUGUUAGAAGUCUAUAGAUUUUAUUGCUGUUAAGGUAAGGAGAGUUCAUGAUUUGGACCUUGGAAUUGGGAUUUCAUGAGACUUGGAUGUGCUUAACUUUGUUAUGGAUGGUAAUUUUGUUUAACUUAGUACGUGCUUUAUAAUUCAUUUGUUAUUGCUGGCUGUGCCUAUUAUGUGUUAUUUCGGUUGAUUUCGUGGUAUUGAUAGUACUUCUGUGCUAAAUCUGCUGUUGAAAAUUGUGG